UGGCUGAACCGAGACAUGAGUAGAAAUCGUGUGAUGUCGCUGUAGUCUUUGUUAAUGUAAUAAAAUGAUUAGUUUAGUUAGGGACCAGAUUGGAUUCUGUUGUUGUUGUUGUUGUUGUUGUUGUUGUAUAGUACACACUGGACACAUUCACUUUUGAUGAUAAUAAUAAUUGAUUACAAUUUUGAUAAUUGAUCCUAAUUGAUAAAAUGGUGUUUUAUUUUAUUUAAUCUCAUUGUCUUUUUUUUUUUUUGGGUGAGUGCCACACGUAAUUAUCAAGUCAUAAUUUUAUUUUACAUCUCCUAAUUAACUCUGAAGCAAAGUUUUUUUCUCUAUAUAUCUAUAUUUCUUUUUUUCGUUCGCUCGCUGCUCGCAUUGCGAUGUGCUGGUCGUGUAUUGUCUCCAGACUUGCUGUUCAAGCAGAGCAGAUGAGAGAGUAGACGCAACUGUUGAUAACCAAAGACCACGUUAUUCUGUUGAUGCCUUUCGCCAGUUUCACCAGCGGUGGUGGCUGUGCACACCCGCUGUGGCCUUGGUACAUGUGGAUGAGGCUGGCCUUGCCUCAUUGUCAGCACGGCAUCUUCGCCAAUCGAUCUUGCCAGUGGCGGUGGCUAACUUGCCGGUCGGAAGGGACGUCAGCCUCCACUACUCAAUCCACUUUAUUUUUCAUCGCCAGUGAAACGGUCUAAGGGUGCCGACUUUGUCUGGUUCAGUCAGUACCAUUUUCACACCCUCUCUCUCAUACUUCUCCCCUGAGUAAAAGCUUGCAUGCAUGUAAACAGACUGUAAGAGGAAACUGCUCAAGAACAGUUAUUCAACACGUGCUGUGCCGUCGGACCAUGACAACCGUUACUCGGAAGCACAUUUAAUCAGAAAGUUUACAUGAACCAUUUCACGCAUGCCGAUACUACAGGAGUUUCACUUUGUUCUGACGGGCAGCAUCUCGUCGAAACAUUCGUUUGAACGGCCAUUUUUGUUGCGGUAAUAUCGUUGUAGUUGUAAUAGUAGUAAUUUAGAAUCCAUUUCUACGAGUGAUUGUGACGUCACGAGGGGGUUACGACUAACCGUUUCCAGCACAGUCACGCAUCGCCAGCAGCGCCGUAGCGUCAGUGCAGCACGGCUGACGCAAGACCGCGAAGGGUGGGGUGUGGGGCAAGCGAAACGGAAAAGCGAGGCCGCCAGGCGACAAGACCGGUCGAGUGCCAGACUCGCUGCUUCAUGCGCUGGCUGUGCGGCCGCUGCGAGGUUGCUGCACUCACCCCACCCAUCGCCCGCCGCCGCCGCUGCUGCUGCUGUUGCUGCUGCUGCUGCUGCUGUAACAACCACCCCGCGCUCGUGUCGCCGGCGUUGUGGGGAAGCGUUGCCGGCUCGGCGCUGACGACGACAACGACAGCUGCUAUCCCGGCGACAUCACAACAGCGACCACACGCUCAAGGGAGAUAAAGCGCUGUCCACGCUGCAGCGAUGGGGGCAGCAUAGAACGUACACGUCAUCGACAGGACUUUGGGAAAAUGGGGGAAAAAGGACGGGGGUGAGCUGUGCCUGUGUCUGCCCGUCCGUACCUGACGCCAGCCACUCCUGGCACCUCGUAUUUUCUCCCCCUCCUUUCCUUUAUUUAUCUCCUCGACUUCCUCGCUCCCCACUGCCAGGCUCGAGCCGGGUCGAUCGUGGCACUGAGCGUGUUGAUGCACAUCACAACGGGAAUGGCAGCGUCGCAAGCCGAGGUGACGACUGACAGGGGGGACCGCGCGGUGUGAUCUGAGCGCGGGCGGGAGUGCCAGUGAUUUGUGAUGGUGCAGGUAGCGGUAGCGGCAGCGGCAGGGGCGCCGCGCGGCGAGAGGAGGCCUGCCAGUGGUGUGUCCUGUGCAGCUGAACCCGGCGGGUGCUGAAGUGGUGUGUGGGGCGGGGGGUGGGGCUCCCGUGGGAGGACUAGCUGCCGGGGCAAGGGCUUGUGCGAGGGAGACGCCCGUAAGGGCCAUACAGCCAAGAUGGCGGCGCCCACGGCUUCCAUAGAACUGAACCUGGAGCACCAGGACUUGGUUUUCUACUCCGGGGAUCGCAUUCGCGGGGCGCUGGUCGUCCACUUGUCCACGGCGGUCACCAUCGCAGGUGUCGAGCUUCGCUUCCGGGGCGCCGCGCGCGCGAAGUGGCGGGAGUACGUGAAUGAAGGUGUCCGUAGAACUGAGAUCGAGCACGAGAAAGAAGAGAUCUACUUCGACGACCGUUUCUGUUUGUGGGGAAAAGAGACUUGUGACGUCAGCUGUGGCUGUACAGUUACAGAGGAGGGUCGAUGGGAAAGCAGGGAAGUGCUCAAGAGAGGGCGCCACCUGUUCCCGUUCCAGUACAAGCUGCCUGAUGGGAUCCCAUGCUCCUUCGAAGGCCCGGAGGCUAGUGUGCGCUACACCGUGCACGGACUAUUGGCCAGGACUUCCGGAUCGGAUAUGACGACACAGCGUCACGUGACCGUGCUCAGGGACCUAGAUUCCAAACGGGAUGCGGAAAAGCGCACCCCAUCGCCCCGUCACGCGCUGGAGGACCACGCGGAGCGCGCCUUCUCCUCCACGUGCUGCAGGCCGGGGCGUGUGUCGUGCUCGUUGUCCGUGAUGAAGCGGUCGUACGUGCCGGGGGAGCACAUCAAGGCCGACGUGCAGCUCAGCAACAACAGCGUGCGCAAGUCAGGUCCGUGUCGUCUGCAGCUCAAACAGCUGCUGACGUAUGGCGAGACGUUCACCAGGGCCCUACUGCUGCAGGAGGUCAAGCUGCACGACUGCAUCAAACCUGGGCAGCGGCGGCAGUGGCAUGACGUCACACUGCGCGUGCCCCCCACGUGUCCAUCUCGCCUUUCCAAGUGCCGAGUCAUCGACGUCCGCUAUUGCGUAGCGGUGGAGGCAGCUUUUUCCGACGCCGUCUUGUACGCCGCUGUGCCGGUCACUAUAGUUACAAUUCCAGAACGAGGCAUCAUUCCAAUACGGUGGUCCUACAAAGAGUGCUCUACCACGGUGGAUGGUAUCCAGUCGGCAGAUGGCGCUGUUGCCAAGGACGUGUUUGACGAAUGCGACUUCCGGCCUAAGUACAAGUUUUUCGAGGAGGUGAGGGAUUCUCGGAAGGACCGCUUCUUGAUCCUCAAACUUCGCCAGAGUCCCGGGGUCAGGCGGAGACAACUCAUGGGACUGUCGGAGCCGGGAGGGGGCGAGUGCAGAACAGACGCAGCGGAUGCAGUCGGGGAUUCUCAAGCGUGACCUCUCGGUGCACGUGGAUCUUCGUAAGCGGAACCUGCUGUGGAGAGAGACCUACGUGUGACCUGUGGUGAGCACCAGCUCUCGCAAGUGUGACCAGCAAGUGUGCGUGAUCUGAUGAAGCGUGACUUGUCAGUGAGCGAGAUAAUGGCUAGAGUGACUCGUCAGUGAUCCAGACUGUGCAGGGUGACUUGCCCGUGAGUCUCCUGUCACCUGUCAUUUUUAAAUUGGGGACAAUGUGGUUACCUGUUCAUCGAACGUGUGUACAUGAAACCGCGAACUACUACUUACAGGCCAAAGGAAAGGUUCGGAAAAAAUGGACAAAUUCUAUUUUCAUAUUUGCGCCUUGAGUGAUUAGUGUUCGCACCUGGAGCGCCUGGAUACCUUGUUAUUCAAAGGAAAGGAAAAAUCAAAUAUUACUCGAGUUAUCCAUGGUUUUAAAGAAUGCUCUCUAAACAAGGUUACACACUUUUGUCGUAUAAAAAGCGAAAAUAGAUUGCAUCACAUUGAUGAUCAAUAAAUCCCAACUUUGAACAAAUUAAGAUCCCGAUUUGAAAAUAAAAGAGGGUUAAAAGAAAUUAGCGGUGUUCUGUUUAAAAAUCGUGUCCUUUCUACCACAUGACAUCACUUGAAAAUGGCUUACUGCCUUUGACAUGAAGAUAAAUUACAACUUAUUUUAAGGGAUCCUCUAAUUUUCGGUUCGUUAAAAAACUACUAAAUUCGCCCAUUUGUUUAUCUUCUGAGCUCUGACAAAGCCGGCCACAUGAUGAACCCAGCAAUAGCUCUUACAUGUAUAAGUUAUGUAUAACUUAUUAAGCCUAGACCCAGACUUUUCGCUCAGUACCUAGAGUGUUGAUGUCAAAGGAUCUGGUUUAUGUCCACCAGGCUUUUAUAUACGAUGUACAGUGUUACGGCUACUGUAGUGUCUGUGUGUACGAGGUUCUGUUCCAGAGUGCACGUGCACUUGGACACACGUUUGACGCAAAUACGCGAUCGCCAUUUUUAAUGCGAGGAUCGGACAGCCUUGACUGUGACUGUGGGGCUGUCCAUGUCCACUUGAUGACAUGUAUGGCAACCCAUUCUGAUGCCGAAGUAAGAAUAAUACCCCUGUGUGCAGACAUGUGCUUGUCUGUGUGUGUGUACGACUGUAGGUGAUGUGGAAAGGUGAGGAUGAAGAGAGGGCGGUAGAGAUGGACGGGAGAGGGAAGACAGAGUGAAGCAAAAGUCUUCAGGAAGUACAGCAGCAUUAAGCAUAUUAACGUCGCCACCAGGAAAAUUAGUUUGAAGAUAACUUUUGCACAAGUUAAACUAAACCCUGUAAUCAGACUGUCCCUGAAAGGAUGACAGAAAAGCUAGUGUAAUAGAUAAUUUUAGCUAAGCGGACUUCACUGCACCAACAAAUCAUCAAUCUGUAUAAAACAAAACUCACUGUAAGCGAUUUUCGCUUAUAAAAAUAACCUUUUUAUCUUAACAAAAUUGAUGAAAGAUCCUAGGAACACUGAGAUAGUAAUCAGACAAUAUCUCACCUUUCCCGCUUUGACCUUUCCGGUAUUGUCUAUACAAUGUGUCAGGAUAUUCACUGUAAACUGUCUCGAUUCAUCUACACGUAUAUAAGACAUUGAAAACAAGGAAUGUAGGCUGUUCCACAAAAGUCUGUGUGUGCAAACAGGCAAGGCUGUCUCGAAAGCAUUAAAAAAAAACCAAAACAACGACUGGUAAUACAGAUGCACUAGUAGUCUACAGACGGCAAACACCAUCUGGGUUUGUUGACGUUAAGCACAAGCGCAAAACUACAUGUUUAUUUUUGUUUUUUUGUUUUACGUCAACGA